AUGGAGCACGCUGUUGAAGACCACUUAAAAAUUAUUUUGCCGAUGAUCCGGUUGUGUUUUGUUAAUAGUUUGUCUGACGAUUUUGCUAGUGGUACAGCUAUUGAUCACGGCUUUAAAAGUCUAGUUGAUGUCGCUGUUAUUAGUUUCUGUAGAAACUACAAGGACAAAGAGGAAAGAGAAGAAAGAGAGACAAACGACAAUAGAGACAUAGAGGAUCCCAGAACAGCAGGAGGGUUAGAAAAAAACGAUAUCAAAUCAUGGAAAGAUAUGAAAAUGGUAAUGCAAAAAGAAAUUGCUGUAGCAAAUUUGAACUUCAAAGUUUUAACAACUCAGACUAGUCUCAACAAGACUUCCAACAGGAAUGUGACGUCUCUUCAUUGA